AGCAGACUGUGUUGUUGAUGUUGCUAUCGACUGCCGUAGUCAAUAACUAGGAUAAUCUAUACGACUUCCAGCUGCGCCGACGUUUGGCAUUUUGGCAGACCAUUCAGCAGAUCACUACCUGCAGCUUUGCCCACCCCCCGCGUAGGCAGACAACUCUGAACGUACUGCAGCUCCUUAACCUUCCUUUCUUGCUUCCUCCCCUCGCUUCAGCACCUCAGCCUAUCGUUGUUUCAAAGCUUUCCCCCAAAGAAGAAGAAAAAAACUCGUACAGCUACUCUCGAAAGCGAAGCUGGUAGAAGCGUAACCAAGCACUAAGUUCAGCGUGUGGCCUUUAUACUGCGUUGGUGUACAUAUAUAUAUAUAUAUGGACUUAUGUAGAGGAAGCAGCGUUGGUCCGUCGCCGCUGUGUCGUUUGCAUUAGGUGGUGAACAAACACGUUGAGUGGAGUACUUAUUUUUUUGCUUCUCUUCUUCCUCAGUCGGUGUUGCCCAUCGUUUGCUUCUUAAAAAAAGAAUUCUCGCCCCCUCUGUUUAUACAUCACUUCUUAUUGUUGUAAUUAUCCCCGAAGAGCUCAAGCCUUUUCUUGUGUGUUUUUAGAAGGAAAGAAAAACUGGGUUGAUUGAUAUCAUUGCUGUGCCCUCUUUUUGUAUUGUUUAGCUUCGGUGCUGCUGCGGUUGCUCACGUUGACGUCGCAGAGAACGGAUUGUAGGUUGUACAUAUAUAUAUAUUCAGUGCACCUGGUCUUGCAUGAUUUGAAUCAUCAGGCUUUCCCUCACGCUUCAAACGGAGCCAUCCCUUUCUCUUUUUUUGAAGUUUUUUUUUGGUUUCUUCUGUCAUCUCUGUUGGUGAUAUACUUCACACACUGUCUCACGCACGCACGUAAUCGAUGAAGGCCACAACUUCACUGCGGCAGAAGGUAGUGAACCGGAGCGGCGCCGAUAAGCCAACCGGUAACGGCCGGAGACCCGCAGCGGACACGGCAGCCAACAACGGCAGAAGUGACGGAGCGAAUCGCUCUGCCUCGGCUGGUCGUACUGGAGGUACUCCGUCUCUGUCGCGUCGCCGAGGCCUGUCCGCUGGCAGCAGCAGCGACUCCCGCACAACUGGGAAGACGCAACAGAAGUCUCCCAACUCGCACAGUCCGCACGGCACAACCGCGACAAAAUCUGUAACACCACGAAGCGGUGUGUCGACGUCUUCACCGCCGCCGAAGCUGCUUCUGACAAUUCCGCGGCUGCGCCCCGGUGCACCACGGCCGGCGCUCGCGGAUCAUAGUGACUCCUCGCGACCACGUGACUCUCCGACACCGGCGCUUGUCGGUGCUGCUGCCACCGGCACGUUCCCGAAAAGCAGAGUAUCUGCAGGAGCAGGAACAGGCUUGCAACGCCAUUCCAUCCCUGCCGAUCCACGGCAGGUUAUGCAACGCCAGCCUGGUUCACUCUCUACCUCCUUCAAGGCGUGCAGCACUGUCGGUGCCACGUCGCCAUCUGGCACCACCGGCCCCAUUCUGAAUUUGAAGGAUGAGGCGAAUACAAAGGCAACAUUGCAAGUUACCCCUGCAACUGCGUCUACAAGAAACGUUGUCAGCGGCUCUCUCGCAAAGCCGAUGCUUUCCACCUCACAUGUAAUAGUAGAAAAGGAUGGCGUUGCGAGAACAGAAGCGGCGGCGAACACCACCGCCUCUUCGGCCCCAACGCCUGUGCCGCAGAAAGACGCGGACGACAUCGACAUGCUGGACAUGGGACUUGCUCUUCGCCUCGGUGACCUACCCUCGGUGCCGGCCGCUGCGGAUCCGGCCACUUUCCAAGUAGAGCAGGCACCGCCGUACGUGGCUGGCACCCCACCUUUCCGUGGUAUGCGUCGCCGAAGCAGCGUCUGGUCGUCGGAGAAGACAACUCGGUCGCAGGUGAUCAGCGGCUCGGGGGCGACGCUCCCGCCUGCCGCCACCUCACGCCGUCAGACGCUGGACAGCGACGACGGGGUGGUGUUGCGCAGCGCAGAGGCGGUGGGGGCUGCCGAUGCCACGUCGAGCGCAUUUGCUGCUAAUGCUGUUGCUGCCGUUAGCCCAACAAAAACGCCUUCCACGGCGAGCAACUCUCCCGUGAAGCUCGUCUCUGCGCAUCUGGUGUCGUCGUCGACGUCGACGGCCAAAGUUGGCUCUGCGCCGACAAAUCGACGACGGAGGAGGUCGACCGAGAACACCGGAGCGCUGCGGCAGACGGGCAAGUCACCCAAUGCAAAGACGAACGUCGGUAAAGCGAGCGCGGCCCCUACUCUGCAGAAGACCCACGACAUGGACCAACAGGUGUCGGCAUCUUCAGAAAAGAACCUUCAGCGAAAAUCUUCAGACAGCGGUGCGGCAAGUGGAUUGCCGUCGUCAUCACACUCCCCCGCGAAGACAGAAGCGGCGGGUACUGCUUUGGCCGCUGGAGGUCCUGCUUCAUCUUCUAGGACACCCCAGAAGUCCGCGCCUCCUCGUCCCGCUUCCAAAACUAGCGAAGGCCACCUCAACCACAAACAACGGAGUGGGACGCCAUCCAACGCAAAUGUCAAUACACCGACGACCACCGCGAGCUACCCAAGCACGCCGAGGACACAAAAUGCACCCCAGACUACGCUACGCAACCCACGCGCGGCUGCGAUGCUGAGUCAGAUGCUGUCGGUUGUGCGUCCCAUGGCGCCUGUCGUGCACGUUCGUAUCCGACCGGUGCUGCCGAGCUUCGGUGAGACAACUCGUCAGCGCCACGUGUACCUGCUCGACCACGAAAACGUCAUGAUUACUGGAACGCGUUUCGGCUUUGGUGGCAAAAGUGCAGCGACCUCUGCUGCUGCGGGGAACAGCUUACUGUUUCCUACCACCGACUACGUAGCUGCGAAGCACAUUGGCGCUGACACUCGUGGUGGGAGCAGUGGGGGAACUGGCCGCUCGCAUGAGGGGUUCUUGAGCACAGGCUCCUCCGUUGUGAUGGCCAACAGCGCGAAUGGUGGAUGGCAGGACCGCAAAGGAGCUCUCUCUCCCCGCCGUGGCAUUGCCGCGGUUGCAUCGGGGUCCGCCGGUGAAGACGGCGCUGGCAGCCUCAUCUCGCCGAUCGCCGCACCACUCUGCGACGGGAUCCCUGCUCUCUUGAUGAGCCCGUCAGAGAAUCCGCCUCCACUGCACGACAUCGCCCACCCCGCGGCGCUCGCGGAGACGAAGCGACGCCAAUCACGCAGCUCGUCGAACGCUACGCUUGGGUCGGCGCGGCUGCAGUCGCUGCUUAUACCCGGCGCGAUCCCCUCGGUGGGCGCCUCGCACCACCCGCGGACAACCAGUUGGCUCAGCCAAGGCAGCGAGGACGUCGCCGUCGGCAGCCGUCUCUCCUACGGCUCGCACUCCACCUCCCCACCCCAGUCCGGACUGCCACCGGGUGGUGGCUCGGCGUCGUUGAUGAGCGCCGUGAGUACACCCCGCGCCCGGCCACGCUUGGCGGCCUUCACCGCCCUCCCAGAGGAUACAACGCUCUCUCCCGCAACGACUCCGCGAGGGCUUACCGCGGGCAAUCCCGCCGCGGGCGCCGUGGAGGAAAAUAGAGGCCGUGGAGGGCGGCGCACGAGCGCGCUCAUGCAGCUCAGCGUGUCGCUCUCUGCGAUGACCGCCCCGGGCUCGCGUGCGACGACGCGCAAGAACUCCAUGGUGAGCGGCAGCAGCCUCGCCGGCCCGCAGAAGAGCGGGAGGGCGGCGGCCAACGGCGAACGACGACUCACGGCCCGCUCCGCCCUCGGUGCCUCCGUCAGCGUGUCGGCGGUGUCGACGCUCACGUUGACCAAGUUGGAGCUGAAGUCGCCCGCUGCGGUGGAGGAGCGGCGCCGUUCACGAUCACCGCCGCAGCGUGAUUUGCUGACGGGUAACAGCACCUUUGCGGAUGCGCCUCCUGACGUGGCUGCGGCAACCAACACGAACACCCCUCGCACCAACGGCACGGAGCAGCACUACCGUUUUGAGUUCGUACACGACGAGGAGGCGACGCAGGCGGACGUCUUUGAGGAGAGUGUGCUGCGUUUCGCGGACGAGGCGCUGCUGGCGCAGAACGUGGCGAUUAUCUGUUACGGUCCGACGGGCAGCGGGAAGACGUAUAGCAUGAUGGGCAGCCAGGCACAAGCGUCCUCGACGGGAGCCGCAACAGCGGGCGGAGGCGGAGUGGCAUCAAAGUCUUCCAGCAAGUCAUUCAACGCACAUGGCAAUGCGGCGAAAUCCGGCAAUAAAAUGGUGAACGGCCACCAUACACCUUUGAAGACCGCCAGCAGUGACAACGCUCGAUCAACGAGUGUGGCGGAAGGAAAGCGCCGCCUUGCAGAUGACUCCAUCGCUUCCGGAGGGGCACGUGCUGACAGCACCAGUCGCCGCGACCCCAGUGUCGGCCUGGUGAUGGACGACGAGGACGACGAGGAGGGCAACACGUGGCCGCAGCUCGGGUCCAGCUGGCAGUGCGGCUACACCGAUCGUUUCACCAAGAGCGCCGCGACGGCCAAGGAGAGUCUUGCGGAUGCCGAGGGAGACGGCGGCGACGGGUGGCACCGCCACAGCCACGCAGCUGUUCGGACGGCGGGGAAUAUGAUGACCUCCGCGAGCAUGAUGGAGAUGGGUAUCCUGCCGCGUCUGGUGCACACCCUGCUGGAGCGCCGCGGCGAGGCCAUCACCAUCCGACGAGAGUCGGGCGGCGGCCGAGACAACGGCGGCGGUGGUGGUGGUGGCGCAUCGGCGACUGCGGGGUCGACGUCCAACAGUCCGCAGCCCACGCCGCGGCCGGCAAGUGCGUCGAAGGCGACGAGUCUCUCGCUGACACUGCGCGACCUCACCUUCUACGGCAUCGAGCUCUACAUGGAUCACCUCUGUGACUUGCUGGACCCGGGAAAGCGCCCUAUCCAGACCGUGAGCGACACCGGCGGGUUGGAGGCGCUGUGUCAGCGCAUCAACGAGGCACGCGACUACCGCAUCAACGGCAUCCGCGGUGGCGCAAGUCAGGUCUGUGUCACGUCUCCUCGCGCAGGCGGCGGGAUGCCAAUCACCUCCCUCGCGGACCUGCGUCGCGCCUACCGACUGGCGCAUGACAACCGUGUAACGUCCCGGCACGCACAGAACGACACGAGCUCCCGCUCUCACGCGAUCUUUCUUCUUCAGCUCGACUUUGAUCUGGUGGAAAGCCGUGUGGAGGCGGCGCAGAAGCAGCAGCAGCGGCGUCACGACGCUACGGCGGGGACGGCGACGGAGGACACGGCGGAGACCCCCGCGGAGACGGUGCAGCGCGUGCACUCGUACGUAGCCAUGGUGGACCUCGCGGGGUGUGAGCGAGUUAAGCAGACGAAGGUGGAAGGCGUUGCUCUGCGUGAGGCGCAGUACAUCAACAAAUCCCUCUCCGCCCUGUCCUCCGUUGUGCUGUCGCUGCAUCGCAACAACGCCCACGUGCCGUACCGCGACUCGAAGUUGACGCGGCUGCUGCGGCCGUGUCUGGAGGGCGGUCGUGUGCUAACGCUCGUGCACGUUGCUCCGUGCUCGAGCACCGAGACGGUUAACACGCUCAAGUUCGCGGAUCAGAUUCGCCACACCCACAUUCCCACCCACGCCCUCACACCGACGUCGUCGAAGCAUCGGGAGCUGCUGGACGUGUUUGCUGAUCUCAUCGACCCCAUGCAGGGCUUGUGGGAGGCGCAGGUGCGACACGCACAGUCGCAGCUCAGCCGUCUCUGCGCUGAUACUCGCCUGGCGUACUUCUCACGUGCGAUGGGCGCCGUGUCCCGACACGGUCCGACAGACCACGGGCUUUCCUCGCGAUCUGUGCCGAGCGACACCGUCAGCGAAGUGUCGGCUCUCACCGAUGUCGACGACUCCACCUCGCUCUCCCCGGGCGACGUGAGCCUGGAAGAGGGCCCACCGCCGCUGACAUGCGAUGCCACGGAGAAGGAGCGGCGCGGCUUUGCCUUGCAUUCGCUGCUGCACCGGCUCAUGGGCCCCAUUCAUCAGCACCAGCGCACCUCGAUGCGGGACGCCAUUCGAGAUAUCCGGCGUCGCAAGGAGCACAAGAUCGCCUCCUAUGAAUUGCAGCUGCAGCAACGCAUAGAGAAACUUCAGUCCACAGUGGAGAAGCUGACGGCGACGAACGCGAGGCUGGCCAGCGAAAACAGCACCCCGCUCCCGCGAGACCCCUACGCGUUGGAGCUGAACCGACAGCUUCGCGACACAUCCGAGCAGAUUAACGAGGCAACGAAGGAGCAGGCAGCCCUGUCCACCUUGUCAGCAGCGCUGCGGCAGCGCCUCGUGAACCAGGACAUGCUGGAGACCACGGUGGAUGAGCAGCUGCGCAAGGUGCAGCAUCGCACCGCCCAGGCGCUGCAGACGCUCUCCGCCGCCGCUGCUGCGCACCCGCCGGGUGUGAUGCCCUCGCCACCCGCCGUGAUACUCUCCAACCUGUCGUCGCCACGAGAGCCCACGCUGCCCACCGGCUCUCUCGUCCCGGCGGUCAUGGCGAUGGAGACGGACGACGACCCGGAGCUGCGCGACAUCGCCCACCAACAAAUUUCGCUCGCGAAGGAGCUGGCGGCGCUACGGUUAGAGGCUGCGUGCUUUGAGAUCGGCACGGGUGUGUGGGAGGGCUUGUGGACGCGUGCGAUGCGGAAGGAGAUUGUGACGGCCUUGGAGGUGGAGGUGUUCGCGAUGGAGCGCAUUCUGCUCGACCGCCGCGCGCUGUCCUUGAUGCUGAUGGAUGACAAGGACGGCGAUGAGGAGGACGGCGACGAAGCAGGGACGGCAGGUCGCUUCGCGGAGGCCUUUUUGACCCUACCCAGGGCAGCCGCGAGCGGAAAGGAACGACAAGGUCGCGGUCAUGCAGCCGUUACUGGACAGUCGUCGCUCGUACCGACCAGUAUGGCCCGUCUGCCAAACAAAACAACGCCGCCCGGUAACCGUGCUGCGUCCAUGCGGUCUGCGUUGUGGGUCCGCCUGGGCACCUAUCUACACGGUAGAGGACACCAGGACAACGCGGUCGAGACACCAUCACACGAACAAAUGGCAGCAGCGGCUAUCGCAGGAAAGACGACGACUGCUGCUGCUGCUGCUGCCCGAGACACAGACGGUCAAACCGGUAGCCCUCGGACACCCCCUCCACCACCGCCGUUGUUGUCAUCGUCGUCAUCGUCGCCGUGGCGUCGCGAUCGGACACAUGCAACAGUGAAGUCCAACUCCGAGGCGUCAGAGCCACGGAGCAGUGAGGGGCAGCGCACACGCGGCGGCGGCGCGUUGUUCUCGCGGACCGGAUCGCCUUUAUCGCGAGCCCCGCAGAGACUCCCCGAAGAGGUCGUUGUGAAUCCGCUGACCAUCUUGGCGAUGGCGCACGACGAGGCCAUGCGACAGCGACCACAGUCACCACCACCGCCGCUGCAGGAGCAGGACCCGCAGACCGCCUUCACACCGCCCCCCUCUCCACGACGGUCAGAGGCAGCGCCGUCCACCGCAAUCGUAGCAGCUGCCUUGCUGCCGCUCACCAUCUCCGGCACCUACGGUGAUGAGCAGGCUAUGCAGGAGGCGUGCCUACAGUUGCUGCUGCGGGAUGGCAUUCCGUGCGAGGCCUGCUGCAUGGGCAACUCCGCGAACCACGUCUUGCGUCACUAUGUGCUGCCUGACACGGCCGACGCCCCGCUUGCGGAGGAGCUCGACACCACAGAAAAGAUCGCCGCCACAGCCGCGGUGCACUACAUGGUAAAGACGCCGCCGCCCACGCCGCACAAUGAAGGGGCAGCUUCGGCGAAGCGCGGGAACAAGGGUAACGCGUCCGAUACACCCCUCGCAACGCCGUCCCCCUCUCCCGCUGCCCACAAUUCGCACGCACGUCCUGGUGCGGUGAAGAGUGCGAGCUGCACGACACGGUUUGGACGUCUGCGUCUGGUGCGCAUUCCACGCCGGGCGAACAGCUACGUCUUGGAGUUCGUGUACACCCACCAAGGGCUGCCCAUGCCGCCACGGAUGCAGGCGGCGCUGACGGGGAGACCGGAGGAGUCCCUCACGUCGACACCGCGGAAGACAAACUUGGAACAAAUGGUCGACGCGUUGCCGUCCGUGCAUGGCGUCGCCGGCCGCGGUGGGACGCGGACGCAGGGGCCGCUGAAGGAGCACCGCCUCUUUGCGAUUCCCCUCCACGAGCCGUCCUUGCAUCUGCACCUGCACGUGCUGGAGGAGGGGAUUCCAGACAUGGCGACGCCUGUCGCCGCCACCUCGGAUGCACCGGCAGACGCGACUGACACGAUGCUGACGGAUAGCUCACGGGCGGGUUUGCCAGCAGCUUCCUCUCACCUCUGCGUCGCUCGUCGCUUUGAGGCAGGGUCGCAGAUCGUGCUCGAGGUGCAGGGACUGCCCUACACCACGUCCACCCGUCGCCCACUCGUCGUUGCUGCGGCGGCAACGGAGACGAAGACGAAGUCGCAGUCCAGCAGCAAAAAGCAGCAGAAAGCAGCUGAUGCGGCGAGAAAAUCAAGCAAACAGACCGCUGCGGCAGGCAAUGACAACGAGGGGAGGAACUACUCGCAGCUGUACACGGGCACCAGCAGGGGCGCGUCGAAGGCGUCGACAGCAGCCCAUGCGAGUGCGGAACCGUUGCCCUUACCAGCACCGCCCACAGCUGGAUGGAGUGACCUGGUGCUGGCGAAGCGCUUGAGCGGCGGUGGUGAGCUUAUGCUGCCCUCCUCCUGCAUUCUGGCCAACAAAGGCUGCUGCUCGCUGGUGUUGCGCUUUCCCCAUCCCUUCUUCACCUCGAUGACGCGCACGGAGGGCAUUGAGGCGAUCGUGGGUGCGCUGUGCGGCAUCUUGCGGCCGGCCCUGACGGUGCCGGAGGUGCGACUGUCCGCGCCGUCUACGCGGUCGCCGUCCAAGAAGAGUGCCGCAGCGCGCCGUCGCAGCUCCACCUCGCCCGGCGUGACGUCUGUGGGGGCCGACAGGGACCGCACCCGCAGUAGCAGCAACAGCGGUAGGGGCCACACGCGUCGUCGCAGCAGCGUGUCGCACUCGCCGCUACAAGACGACGGCAACAGGGCGGUGGAGCUGGAGGUGAUGACGUACGCGCACGUGCCCUACACGAUGUUUGCCGCGGAGACACCGACGGCGGGACGGGGUGAAGGAAUCGCAGCCAGUUCCGCUGUGAGAGUAGAAAGAAGUGCGUCAUCGUCGGCCGUUGCGGGGCGGGCUGCACAGGCGCCGUCGUCGUCGCACUCUGCCUCGAUGGCGCGCAGCGACUCCCUCGACGGACUUAUGGGGCCAGGCGGUGGGAUGCUCGGGCACACGCUCCAAAGCAGCUGCAGCGCAGCCCACGAGAAACGCGCGACGGCCGCCGCCACCGCCGCCGGGGCUAUGCCGGCGACGCCGGUGCGGACACCGCGAGGGAGCACCGCAACGGUGACGGCGGAACCCGCGGCGGAGCCGCAGAACGGGGCGACGCUGCAGGUCCAAUUCCACUGGAUCUCCACGCCGCCCGACGUCGAGCCGCCCCCACGUGGUGGCACCAACAUGAAAAGCAGCGGCACACCGCACACCAGUUUUGGCGAGCCGGACCGGUCGGAGGAGGCACAGAAGGAGCUCCCUCGUGCCCCGCACCGAGACAACGGUGUGCACGGCUUUGGCCACUCUCCACGGCGCAGGGCGGACGAAGGCGUCCGGCAGCAGUUGCGAUCGGCUCUGGGUGUUCUGGCGCACCUUUCAUACGUUUUCGUCGAGGGCCGUCCUUCCUCGUCUGCGUUCACCACAGCGGAGUCGUCGCUGGCAGACUUCCAGCCGCGCGAGCAUCACGGGCAUACUCGUGGGGGGACAACUGGUGGGCUGGCGCAGCAUCUGACCCCGAGCGGCGGCACCCACGCAAGUCGGUACAAAGACGCCGUCGCCGUCGCCGCCCUGCUACGCCAGCUGGACACCUACCGUCAGCGUAUUCGCCGUCUGUUCCGUCAGCAGCUGUAUGACGCCGAGGAUGUCUUGGGCGACGAGGUUCAGCUUGGCGGACCCGAGCGCGGGGCUCACGUGCGGAUGGUGCAGGCAGAGGUGAAGCGGGCUAUUGGGCUGCCCAGCGGCAUGCUUGGGCACACAAUGACAGACGACGGGGCAUCCUUCUCCGUAGACGGGUCACCCGCUCGCCUGGGUGUUACCGACAACGGUCGCCGAGGCGCGAACACCAGCGGUGGUGGUGCUCGUGGGACGCACGCCCUGCUCUCGUUAGCAAGCGGCGAGAGCGGCCCCGACACGCAGGUGACAAUUCCGGAGGCGCGUGAGGCUUGCGGGGCGACGGUGCCGUGGAGCAUUUGGCAGUGGGCAUACCGCUGGUCCCGCCUGCGUCAUCUCCUCCUGCACCCGCUCCAACACGCACCGAAUCAUGCUCCUGUGGUGACACCGAGUGGCGGUGGGUCAAUCGCAAAGGUGGACGCCCCUGCGGCGUGGUUGCCGGUGGACGAGUGGGUGUCGGAGACGUCCGUCGCGGCGCACGCGGGACACGUUCUGGCCGCGCCAGCUUCACUCCCCGAGGCGACCUCUGCCCGUUACGCGUCAUCGUCCUCCAGUUCCAGUGAGGGCUACGCGAUGGAGGGGGAUUGGUUGAGUGAGGCGAGGCUUGCAGCGCGACCGAAGCGGGUGUGGCUGCCGGAUGUGUUGUCCAGCACCAUCCCGUCUUACCUGGAGAGUUGCGCCGCGGACUACGCUACGUGA